AUGAAAUCGUCUAAUCGUCAGGACGACUCAUAUGUUCCAUUGGUGUCUUCUGAACACACUGGUGCAUUAUCAUUGCUCUUUUGCCUUGUUGGUGUGCUAGCAUUAGUGGCAUGCGUUUCAUUACCGAAUAGUGCUAACUCUAAGCGUCCACUUGGAUCUGCAAUCGGAUCAUUUAUACAAUACACAUUUGUUGCAGCAAUAGCAUCACUUUCAGUUGGCUUUGGUGAACUAUUUCUUGCCUCAUAUGUUGGUGUUCAUACCUAA